AUGUCUUCAGAUCCCAGCCGCCCGAACAUCAUUCUGAUAUUAGCGGAUAAUCUGGGAUGGGGAGAGUUAGGCUGCUAUGGAGGAGGACUGCUGCGUGGAGCAGCCACUCCUAGGAUUGACGAAUUCGCCCAACAAGGGCUUCUUCUCCAAAAUUUCAAUGUUGAGAGCGAUUGUGUACCCACCAGGUCUGCGCUGAUGUCUGGAAGGCAUCCCAUUCGCACAGGAUGCCUACAGUCAGUUCCAGCAGGUCUCCCUCAGGGGCUAACACGUUGGGAAAAGCUCCUGCCAGAAAUUCUGACUGAGGUCGGUUAUAUCAGUGCUCAUCAUGGGAAGUGGCACCUAGGCGAUAUACCGGGUCGCUAUCCAUCUGAUAGAGGUUUUGAUGAGUGGUAUGGGAUACCUCGGACAACAGAUGAAAGCCAAUUCACUUCAGCUCUUGGCUUCGUACCGGAGGAGGUUGAGAUGCCCUACAUCAUGAAAGGACGUGCUGGAUCACCAUCGGAAAACGUAUGCGUCUAUGAUCUGAAGAUGAGACGAGAAAUCGAUGCGAUAUUGGUCGAAAAGUCCAAGGACUGGCUCAGUCGCCAGGCUGAAGCUAGAAGGCCAUUCUUUCUUUACCACCCACUGGUACAUCUGCAUUUCCCGACAUUGCCCCACACUGAUUUCGAAGGCAUAACUGGCAAUGGCGAAUUCGCAGACUCCAUGGCGGAGAUGGAUUUCCGCGUUGGUCAGAUUUUGGACCAUCUUGAUACACUGGAAGAACCUAUUCGACAAAACACUAUUGUCAUCUUCGCGUCUGAUAACGGACCGGAGUUCAGACCACCUUAUCGCGGUACAGCAGGGCCUUGGACGGGGACCUAUCACACCGCAAUGGAAGGCAGUCUUCGUGUGCCCUGCAUUGUACGAUGGGAGAACAGAGUUCCUGCCAACGUGGUGUCGAACGAGAUCAUUCACAUCACAGACCUGUUUAGUACUAUUCUGGACCUUGCUGGUGCUUCGACUCUGAUACCUCGGGAUCGUCAUAUCGAUGGUAUAGUCCAAACGAAUUUUCUCUUCAACCCGCUGACCAGGAAAUCUCCACGCCAGGGAUUUCUCUUUUACAUCAAGAAUGAGCUUCGCGCCAUCAAAUGGCGUGAUUGGAAGUUGCAUUUCGUGUAUGAGCCCAAGGUAAAUCAAAGUAGUGGACACCUGGAAAGUCCAUAUCUAUUCAACACCACUCGCGAUCCAAAGGAGGAGACCGACAUUCUGGCAUACAACACUUGGGUUUUGCAACCAAUGCUGAAAAUGAGAGCUGCAUUUGACGUUAGCUUGAAAGAAGAACCUCAAAAAACUGCCACGAAUGGAAUUGGCGGAAUUGCCGAUAGCAAAAGUGUGCUGUAG